CCGUUCCACCAGUAGAUUAAGAUAGAAGUCUUGGGAAGAAAAGCGGUGGUAAAAUGGCGAGCGCCCUCUUAUCGCCUCCACGAUAUCUUCUUCAUCGUCCCACUAGAGGAACAGUACCUUAUGGACACAAUAUCCAUAAUUCAUUGUGCAGAACAGAUCCAUGGACCAAAAUCUUCAUUACAAGGAAAAAUGCCUCCAAUCAUGGAAGCUAUGCUGCAAUUGCAUCAAUGGUUGGAAGAAAGGCCAAGAAAAAGGAAGUUGUAGUCCCUGACCCAGACUAUCGGAUACCAGUUGUCUUACUUGGGAUAGCAGGUGGAUUUGCGUACCAAAACAAUCUACUACCAGCUGCUCCAAUAGGUCUGCUUGGGUUAUUACUACUGAUCCAGACUACUAGAGUGAGGUUCGUCUUUGAUGAAGAGGCCCUGGAGGUAAAAACUGGGGAUCAACUUCAGGAGUCAGGGGAAAAUGUUUUUGUUGGUGGCAAGAACCGCUGGAAGUAUUCAACAUUUAUCAACUGGGAGCUUUGGUGGCCGCAGUUUCCUGUCUUGGUGUAUUUUAAAGAGACACAGACAAAACCUGAAGGACAAGUUCACUUUUUUCCAGUACUUUUUAAUGGAAAGCAGCUUUAUGAUGUCAUGUUGGAGCGUGCAGGCCCAACAGUAACUAGUGCACCCAAAUAAUCUGCAAGGUCUAGUUCUGGUGUCUUGAUCCAUCGGUUCAAGUAACUAGCAAGGCCAACUUGCUAGACAACCAACAUACUAUCACAUGCCGAUCCCUCAUCUCCGCAUCUAUGGAGUAUAAAUGUGAAUGCUGUAAAUGUGAUGUUUCUUAAUCGGAUGAUGUGUAAUUUUUUUUUGUUGUAAAUUACUCUCAUUCUGGGGAUGUUUUGGAUUAAUUUAGAUUAUCUUAUGUAGCUUGAUAUUAUUUUUAUUUAAACACUAUCAAGUUUUCCUGUAGACUA